AUGUACGAAGACUCCUGGUACAGCUUCGUGCCCGACCAUGUCCAGAAUAGAAACACCUCCACAACCCAGGCUUCCAGCCAUAGGAGGAGGGAGUCCUUGCUGCAACAACCAAAUGGCAACAAGCGAUCCGACAUAGUCGAACCUCUCGAUCAACUGUUCGAAGAACCCGAGCCCACCAUUGAGCUGCCCGAGCCCACCUUGACACGAAGGGCCAAGUCCUACUCCGACUUCUACCAUGUCGUUCAUGCCCAGCUGUCUAAAGAUGUCGCGAAAAAGCGGAGGAGGAAGAACAAGGAAAGGAGUCUAGAGGCAUUGAUGGUUGGCAAACCCGAGGAUGAUGUUAGACGUCGGGCGGUAUCACCUUCUGAGUCUCUAGACAGCGAGCUGGUGAAUGCCAGCCACCAAGAGUAUUCGCUAUACCGACAUCAGCUGGAGAUGACAGAGCGUCACCUAGACACGUUGAUCACCGAUGCGAAUGGCGCGCUGCAUCUUUUUACCUCCCUAGCAGACUCUUUUCGGGCUGUCGAGUCACAGACCUCUUCAUUUCAAGCCCAGUGCGACGAUCUCGUAUCCGAGGAAAGGCGAUUGCAGAAGCUGGCUGACGAUGUUGGCACGGAUCUACACUACUACGCAUAUUUAGAUGGGGUGACCAGGAGACUCAAUGCGCCCGGGGCAGGCCGACUCGUGAAUCACGAGAGUUUCGGGGAUAUACUGACCAACUUGGAGGCUUGCAUAGCCUUCAUGGAAAAACACCCGGACUACCGGGAUGCCGAGUCGUACUUGGCAAGAUACCAAUCGCUGCUUACCAAGGCGCUUCAUUUACUUGAGGUCGGCUUCAUGAAUCACCUGAAUCGCAUUUCUUCCGAGAUAUCGAAGCAGAUAUCAUCCACUCAAUCCGAAGCUGCAAGACAUGCACUCGCAUAUGGGCGUAGCGAGGAGAUGAUAUUAGAAGCUGAUGGUUUGGUCGGUAACGUCCAGCGCGUCAUCCGCAGCUGCUAUGAUCAGCUGGGAAAUCCAAUAACCGGACAGAGUUCCGACUACUAUUCCAAUACGGCAGUUAACAUCUUCUCUUCUUACUCCGAUGUGAGGGACCGAGACCUGCGCCCUAUGACCCAGCAUGACCUAGAGGUUUUCCGGAAGGAGGCGAAAGAGGUCAAUGCCGAAGCUGCCUGCCGCAAUUUCAUCAAGCAGUGUUACGAGAGAUCAUACAAUGAAGCAGACCUGUUUGCAAAGAUAUUCUCAAUCGAACCGCAGUACAGUAUGGACAACCAAUCUGCCUAUGCAGCUCUGAAGACGCAGCAGAAGGCUCUCGUCAACGCUGCAAAUAUCGCCCCAAUCGCCACGACUCUGCAGUCGGUAUUGCAGACCAGCGAACUCCAGACAUCUUGUAAUCUGCUCGGGUGGAUCACCAACGAGUAUCUCCUUUUGGAAUAUGACGAGGACGAAACGCGCUAUGCAGUGCACUGUCAUGAAGUCACCGCGAGACUACUCAUGGAACAUAUUUGGCCAUUCAUUGACAGUCUCUUCGAAGCUGAGGUCACAAAAUCUAUAUCUAGGGCUCCCAUCACUCCUGGAUCUUUGAAGAUUACCCCUAUUACCGAUGGCCUCGCAUCGUCCAAUGCUCAUCCAAUUGCGGCGCGGGCACUUGGACUCUUGGCCAUGUACGAUCAAGCAAUGCCGAAGGAGCGGAGUCAAAAGUCCAGUCCUGUGAUAUUUCGCAUCGUGAACGAGACCAUCCUCGCCUUGCAGCGAGCGGAGUCUCGCCUGAAGACUAAUAGGGCAGCCAACCCUGAGCCUGAUCCCGACUUGUUCAUGAUCAAGAACCUUCUCAUCCUCAAGAACGGUUUGGUGUCGCUCGAGAUUGGUGACGUUAGAUCGCAGCCCACCGCAAUGCAGCACUUUGGCCAAAUUUGGGAUACCCUGAGCCCUCAGAACUGGAUGGGUCUAUUCCGCGGUAUCCUUGGUGGUUCUCUCUCGCUCGGACUGUGGUCGUCGACCGCAAACGCUGCACCCGCUAUCAAUGGAAAAACUGCGCCGGGACGCAAUCAACCUCAACCAGAUCAGGAUGCGAGCGAGAAGCUGGACGAGCUCCUACGGCAGAGCAUCUACGCCUUCACACAACGAUGGGGUACCCUGAUUCAUGCGGCAAUGGGUGGUAAGCGGGGUGCUCAGAGUCUGGCUACCACGGAGAAGGAGCUGGACGAGAAGCUGAUGACUGCGUUUGGUGGCCAGCCUGAGGUUGUCGCUAAAUUGAAGGAGGCCAUACAGAUUAAUGCUCAAGCUCAGAGCGAGGUCAAAGCGGAAAGGGGCUCUAGGUAG